GGGGCUAGGGGGUGGGGCUGCAGCCGGGACGGGGCCUUCGGCUGGGCCUGCGGGGGCGGGACGGAGCGGACCCGAGUGAGACCCGGGAGACUAGCUUGGCCACAGGAGACAACGUUGAGGUACAGACAGGAUUAUUCAAGAUCAGGUUGUAGCCAUUUUCAACAAGGAUCACUGAUCAAAAUUUUCUUUUUACAAAGAGAUUCACAAGUUAAACAUGAAGGGAAAAUACUGGAAUCAUUUGGAUUCUGACAGGAUAAAGAAUACAAUAUUUCACAUUUACUUGUAAUGGAACCUUUGUAAGAUUCAUCACUUGUCAUUCACCCAGUUGGGAACAUGGAUGUUGGUUUUUCUCGUACUACUGUUCAGACACUGUCAAGAAGCCACUGCAAAAACAUCAAACAAAAAAUUUCUCAAUGGGAAGGAAGGGCUAAUGGUAUAUCUAAUCCAGAAAAGUGGUGUCCAAAGGACUUUGGAGUGAGAUAUAACUGUCACCAAGAGAUCCGUCUUAAGAAAAAUCCUAUAGCUGAGAGAAAGAGCAAAAACUUGGUCGUAACCAGCCGUGAAAAUGUGGGUCUAGAUAUAAAUGAAAAUACCAAAAGCCAUGAUCAAAGUGAGAAUGAAAAUAAGAAACAUGAAUAUGACGAUACACACUUCUUUAAAAAUGAAUCAGAAUCCAACUGGGUAUGUUCUCAGGUCAAAGAAAUUGAAAGCUGUAAAGAAGAUGUCUUAGAUCCAGAGACUUCAUUACCUCCAGGAAACUUCUAUACCUCACAAAUACUGUGGAAGAAAAUAGAAGCACUUCCCCCAGAUAAACUCUUAAAUUUGGCUUUAGAACAUUGUGACUCUUCAGAAAAAGAACUGAACUUCAGAGUUCUGGAUAGUUCAUAUGGAAUAACCAAGAGCUUAGAAAAUAUUUACUCUGAACCUGAGGGGCAAGAAUGUGGACCUUCCAUAAAUCCUUUGCCAAAACCUCGUAGGACAUUCAGAUAUUUAUCCGAAUCUGGUGUUACGCCGUAUAAAGAAAGAAACUGUGACAAAAAAUACUGUGAAAAUAACUCUUGUGCACAAUCUUCUUUGGCCUCUUCUCAGGAACCUGAACCAAAGAAAUAUGGUGGAAAAAUCAGAGGAAGAUCUAAAAGGAAAUCCUUUGAAUUUGAGGAUAUUCAGCACUUUCGAAAUCGGAACUCACAGACGAUUCGUGAAGAACUUGGAAGAAAUUCUGGGUCAGCACUUUAUUACACACAGUCUGAGGACAAUAUCUAUGAAGAUAUCAUAUAUCCCACCAAAGAAAAUCCAUAUGAAGAUAUUCCAGUGCAGCCUUUACCUAUGUGGAGAUCCCCUUCAGCAUGGAAGCUACCACCCGCUAAAAGUGCUUUUAAAGCACCCAAGCUCCCUCCCAAACCUCAGUUCCUUCACCGGAAGACUAUGGAAGUAAAGAACUCACAAGCUUAUUUGCGGUCAAAGCUUACAAAAGAUACAACUUUGCCGGUCACUUUAACGGAAUGGAAGCUUUUCCGAGCUGGUGAAGUUGCAAACACGAAAAGGAAAAAUCUUCCAAGGCUUGUAUUGAAAAUAGAUGACAUAUUUGAAUCUAAAAGAGGGAAGAAGAAGGUAAAGUUACAUUCUUACACUGGAAAGGAAUUACCUCCGACAAAAGGUGAAACCAGUGGAAACGAAAGUGAUGCCGAGUAUCUGCCAAAGAAUCGCCAUAAACGCUUAGCACAACUGCAACCGUCUUCCAAGAGGAAUCCUCACUACCAGACCUUGGAGCGGGAUCUUAUUGAAUUACAGGAGCAGCAGCUGUUUGAACUUUUUGUGGUGGUGUCUCUACAGAAGAAACCAUCAGGAAUAAGCUAUAUUCCCCAGGUCAUACAACAAUUCCCUGGCAAGGAUGAUCAUGGCUAUAAGCAGUCCAAAGACAUGGAAGAGAGGCUUAAAGUUAUUCCAAAAUUUUGUUUUCCUGAUUCAAAGGACUGGAUGCCAACCUCAGAACUCAAGAGUGAAACAUUCUCCUUUGUCUUGACUGGUGAAGAUGGAAGCCGGUGGUUUGGUUACUGUAAGAAGCUCUUGCCAGUAGGCAAAGGAAAGCGACUCCCUGAAGUAUACUGCAUGGUUAGUCGCCUAGGCUGCUUCAAUCUUUUUUCAAAGAUUCUGGAUGAAGUAGAGAAGAGAAGAGAAAUGUCUCCAGCCCUUGUUUACCCAUUCAUGCGAAGUGUCAUGGAAGCUCCUUUCCCAGCUCCUGGACGCACCAUCACAGUUAAGAGUUACCUCCCUGGGGCUGGAGACGAGUCCAUUGAACUCUGCCGACCACUAGAUUCCCGAUUGGAACAUGUUGAUUUUAAAUGUCUCUUUAAGUGCCUGAGUGUGUGUCAUCUCAUCCGGGUCUGUGCCUCUCUCCUUUUGGAGCGUAGGGUAAUCUUUGUUGCCAACAGCCUAAGCACCCUGUCAAAAUGUGGCCAUGCUGUGGUAGCUACACUGUAUCCGUUCACCUGGCAGCAUACCUAUAUCCCAGUCCUGCCAGCAUCUAUGAUUGACAUCGUGUGCUCACCUACACCAUUCCUUAUUGGAAUCCUGUCUUGCUCCUUACCACAGCUCCAGGACCUACCCAUUGAAGAGGUGCUGAUAGUUGAUCUCUGUGCAGACAAGUUCUUACAGGAGGUAUCCGAUGAGGAUGAAAUUCUACCACCAAAACUUCAAGCUGCCCUGAUGCAGAUUUUGGAAGAACGAAAUGAAAUCUUGACUCAGGAGCAGAAUUUUUCACAAGCAGAUGUGACACUCAACUCUCUGGUGUCCGAAGCAUUUGUCAGGUUUUUUGUGGAGUUGGUAGGACAUUAUUCUUUGAACAUGACUGUCACUGAGCGUGGGGAGCGUGUUUUCCAAAGGGAACCAUUCCGUAAGUCCCACACCUCCCGAAGUGUACGCCACUUCCUGGAUCUCUUCAUGGAGACUCAGAUGUUUGCAGGAUUCAUCCAGGACCGAGAGCUUCGGAAAAGUGGAGUUAAAGGUUUGUUUGAGGUCCGGGCCAUCCAGUAUUUGGAAACAAUUCCUGAGUCGGAGCCCAGUGGGAUGAAUAGAAUUUUGCGGAGUCUUGGAAGCAAAAUGAAAUUUCUGCAAAAGAAAUGAAAUCUCUGAUUGUCUCCAUCCUGAAUAUACAACAGAAAGUGCCAAAGAAAAUAUUUUUCUAAGGGUCAGGAUCCCAUGAAGUAUUCUACAAAAUUCUUGAAAUUUUAAAAGGUUAAAGAGCGAGUCAGGCUGUCAGAGGAGGAUUCUCCUGUUGCUGCUGUAGUAAUCACUGGAGAAUUGUUGGGAAUGGUCUGGAACCAUGCCAUCUUUACUCUGUCUCCAUUUUUUUUUUAUAGCAGCCUUUUCUAUGUGAUUCUUGGGCUCAUUCUCUGUUUUGUGCUUUGUCUGUGAAAGUAGUUGUGUUUCACAAGGAAAAGCCUUGUUGUUGUUACAUUUAAAAAAUAGCUCAAAAAUGAGAAUAAUGAGAGAAAUGCUGAGUUUAAGGUAGUAGAGAGACAUGAUGGAAAUGGAGAACACUAGCCUUAUACACAUAAUUCUCAUCACUGAACUAUCAUGGCCCCUUUAAACCCAUGGGCUGUUUGACCUGGGCUAAGGAAUAGACUCAUCACAUAUCUCCAU